ACCAUUAAUUAUGGCAAAAGCAGCUUCAUGACUGGCACAAAACUCAACUCACUAGCUAUCACCAAGCUUGAGAGAUUAUUGUUGAUGCCUCACAAGUCCUUUCCUUUUACUUAUCUUGGGGUGCCUAUUGAUUUGGGGAUUACUAGGAAGAUUCACUGCUCCAAACUCAUCCAGUCAUUUGAUAAUAAAUUAAAUGGCUGGCUUCAGAAGAAUUUGGAUCAAGCUGGACGUUUGGUGCUCAUCAAGCAUGUUUUGAACACUCUUCCUAACUAUUUCUUGGCAGUCAAUACCAUUCCCAAGGCCUUCUCUCAUUUGCUUGAGCAGAAAAUGGCCAGAUUCUGGUGGGGUGGUGGUAACAGACAUCACUGGAUUAGUUGGGAGAAGCUCUGUUUCCCUAAGGAAGAGGGGGGUCUUGGCAUUAGAGAUCUCAAAAGCCUGGAGGACUCAUUCAGCCUUAAACUUUGGUGGAAAUUCCACCAACACAAUGGUCUUUGGGCUAGGCUAAUGAGGUCCAAGUACUGGAGGGAGGGGGAUAUUUGGGAGGCCUUGACUGAUUCCCCAGUCUGGAAGAGGAUUUCUAGGAUUGAUGAAAUUGCUUCUAAUGCUUGUGCCGUCAAUGAGGAUGGAUCAAUGGUUUGGUCUCUUGAGGCAAAUGGUUCUUUUUCCCUCAAAUCUGCCUUUGAUUUUUGCAGGCCUUCUUCUCCCAUUGUGGCCUCUUUCAAAUAUCUUUGGAUGAAACCACAGAAUCCUAAGAUUGAGGAAGUUUGGAAACAUUUUUCUGCCUGCCUUGCUUUCUUGCACAGAUUCUCCUCCUCCAUCAAUCAACAUUUCAUGGAUUGGUGGCUGAGAGGAAAUUGCAACAACAUCUAUGGAUUUCUUCGUAUGCAUCUCCCGG